AUGGCAAGCAGCAGCAUCAUCCCAGCCACCACCAUGGGCAAGAUCCGUGCUGCCCAGCCUACGGACGGGCUAGCGGCGGUGCUGGCCAUCGGCACCGCGAACCCGCUCCACUACGUGCCGCAGGGCGACUAUCCCGACUACUACUUCCGCGUCACCCACAGCGACCACCUCACCCACCUCAAGCCCACCUUCGCCAAGCUAUGCCGCAUCACAGGCGUCGAGAGGCGUUUCUUCCACCACACAGAGGAGCUGCUCGCGGCCCAGCCGGACAUGUCCCUGGAGGCCCGGCUCGAGAUCGUGGCCGCUGCGGCCCCGGAGCUCGCCGCGUCUGCCGCGGCCAAGGCCAUCGCCGAGUGGGGCCGUCCCGCGGCCGACAUCACCCACCUCGUCGUCACCACCAACGCGGGAGCGCACGCCCCGGGCACUGACGUUCGCCUCGUCUCCCUCCUCGGUCUCCGCCACAACGUGUGCCGCACGGCGCUCCAGCUCAACGGCUGCGCCUCUGGGUCUGCGGCGCUGCGCCUCGCCAAGGACUUCGCCGAGAAUAACCGUGGCGCCCGCGUCCUCGUGGUCUGCGUCGAGCUCACCGUCGCUGUUUUCCGCGGGCCCAACGAGACGGACUCCUUCGACACCCUCAUCUCCCAGGCGCUGUUCGGCGACGGCGCGGGGGCCGUCAUUGUCGGCGCCGACCCACACGCCAGGGAGCGCCCGCUGUUCAACAUGGUGGCGGCCUCGCAGGCCGUCAGGCGCCGAAGAAUAGAUCCUGAAGGAGCUGGAGCUGGAGCUGACCUUAAUGAAGAGUGGGGGGUGAUGAUUGGAUUCGGACCAGGGUUCACUGUCGAGACGAUGCUGCUGCAGGCUGCCACCUAG